UUUGAAAAGGCCGGCGCGCGCCUUCGCUCUGACGUCAUAUUUCCAUGAGGCAAACAUGGCGGCGGCGCUGGAAAGAAGCUUCAUUGAAAUCUGUGGAUUUGAGAGGGAACCCGUUCAGAGGUUUAGAGAAGUCCACAUCAAAUCAGCGUCAACACCUGCACCUGGAGCUCUCAAGUUCCCAGACACAGCUGGAGCUUUUCACUAUGACGACGGCGGGAAAGUGCAUUCAAUCACCAGCAACAGAUUUAUUUCUUGGUCCACUUCAGGAGACACAUUGCAGCUCGUGGAGCAGUCUCUGGACACUAACCUGCUCAACAGCGCCAUCAGGCUGCGCUUCACUCACUGCAAUGUGGUGCCGGGAGGUGUGAGCAUCCUAGAGACCCCCAACAAUGUCGUUGUCCUUAUUGCCACCAAUCGGAGUGUUCACCGAAUGGUGCUGCCCCAUCCGAAGCGCAUGUAUCGCAGUGAGCUGGUGACGGAGCUUCACAUGCAGUCUAUCUUCACUGACGCGGCCAAGCUGAACCUACAGGAUGCUUGUCACAGCGCUGCCAUCCCCAGCGCCCUGACCCCUGCUGGAAGCGUGGGCGCCGCCACAGCUUGGCUUACACAGCAAGGAGACGCUAACUACGCUUUGGCGUCACCCGCUGGCGGCAUCAUGGUCGUCACGCUUCCUGCACACGGCGCGCAGGGUGGCGUGACUGUGGUGGAGCUAAAGAGGAGUUCCAUGAAGCGACGUUUGUCCGUCUGGAUGCCUAGCGCCAUCAUGGGCGACCAGACCCCUGCCGACUUGGUGGUCAGUCUGGCGGUGAGAGAGCUGGAAGACGACUCCAUCAUUUUGGCACUGUGUCAGGAUCACAAACUGCGCAUGUGGUCCGUCAGGGAUCAAGCGUGUCUGCUGGAGGCUGAUAUGUUGGACUACAUGCCAGCCUCGAAAAGGGUCAAACGACUGGCCGGUUUGGGCCACCGGCUGCGGCUGACCUCCUGCGCCGCCUCCGGCCUGUGCUUGGCCGUCUACCUAGCGGCGCCCCAGAGAGGACAGUUCAUCGUACUGCAGCUGGUCCCCACUGACAACAAUCGCUACAGCCUUGACCACAUCUCCUCGCUGUUCUCCACUCAGGAGACGCUGGUGGACUUCACUCUGACCUCCACUGACAUUUGGGCUCUGUGGCUAGACGACUCAAACAGCAGCAUCGUCAAAUACAUCAACUAUGAGCAUAACACAGCAGGCCAGUGGAAUCAAGUGUUUGUUCAGCCUCCUCCUGAAGAUGAAGUCCACGUUGGAGUGGACCAGGAUCCCAGAGAGACCUACUUGGACGUGCUCUUCUCUCCUCUUGGCUUCACGGCGGCGGCCAUCUUCAAAGCUCUACAGAUCUUCCGGCGAGGCCCGGACGUCAUGACCGACAUGUCGUGGGAGGGUCUGAAGAAAGAGGUGACGCUGGCCGUGGAGAGUGAGCUCCAGAGCAGCGUCACAGAGUUUGAGUUUUCCCAGGAGGAAUAUCGACAGCUCCAGGUGGAAUUUUGGUCCAAGUUCUACGCCUGCUGCUUGCAGUAUCAGGAGGUCCUGUCCAUGCCACUUGCUCUGAGCGUCAGUCCACACAGUCACAUGGUGUGCCUGCUGAAGAAGGGUUUUGUUUCCUUCUUGCUGCCAUGUUUGGCUGUGGACCACCUCUACCUGUCCUCUGACGACUACUUCCUCUGCGACGAUGACACACUCCUCACUGAAGAUGCGGAGGUGGGUCGAGGUGUUGCGACGCUGGUAACCUGUCUGCGGCUGCUGAGCGACGCCGUGUCACCAGACAUGGCGUACGAGAUGGAGAAAGCUCUAGAACAUGCCGAGUCACCCGAGAGAAUAGCCGAGCUCAUCCUGGAGAACAUGCUGUCUCAUGACAAUCAAAACGUGAUGGAGGACAUUCAGAACAAACUGCAGGACAUCCGCAACCCCAUGGCGGCCAUGUUGCUUCUGCUGAGGGAGCUGGACCUGGAGACUGACCUUGACUUUGAAGAAAGUCCACUCCUGCCUGGUCAAACGGUGAGCGUGCGCCUCAGCCUGUCCCAGCUCUACGCCAGCACCACCGCCGUCUCGCUUGUCUGCCAGGCCCUCAGUCACAUGACCAUGACGCGGGCGCUCCUGUGCCGCGACCUGCUCCUCCUCCUCAAGCUCUGCCUGCGCCUCGGCGACCACGUGCUGGCAGGCGGGGGUGCCCAGCUCCUUCAGAUCCAACAGGAAGUGAUCCCACGUGCGUCCCACCUCCUGUCCUCGUACUUCCUGCUCAAGCACGUCAGUCAAAGUCUAAGCUGUCCUGUCGCUGACGACACCAUAGAUGCUAACCUGCAGCACCUGACCGCCUUGGACCUGUCCGACUCGCCGUGUCUUGUCUCCAAGUCGACAGCGCUCAGUCCUCAGACGCUGGUGGAGCUCUUCUACCAGACCUCCGCCCGCAAGAUGAUCCUUUCCCAGAUUUUCUCCCAGAACAGCGACCCGUCAGCAGGCGGCCCGGUCCUCAUCUGGACCGACAUGAUCUCAAACGUGGUCCAGCUUCUGGCACAGCUGCUCUGGCCCAUUAAUCCCAGUUUCCACUUCCCAGAAUGCCUCAUGGCUAACUGUCAGUACACGCAGCUGCAGGAGUAUGUGCGUCUGAUUGGCCCGUGGUGUCUGGUGAACAUCGGAUCCUGUCGCUUCAUGCUAGCUCAGUGCUACCUGGCUAACGGCGAGGGUCACAAGGCCUUGCAGUGCUUCCACGAGGCCGCCGCCGAGGUGGAGAAGGAGGAGUUUCUCAUCAAGCUGACGGGCGGCGAGUAUGACGAAGCCACUUGCACGCCACGACUGCACUACUACAACAAGGUACUUCGUCUGCUGGAGGACGUGGGUCUACCGGAGCUGGUGAUCCAGUUGGCGACGUUGGCGUUGGCAGAAGCUGUCAAUGAUGUCAACAGUCAGGCCGCCUUGUGGACCCGGAUUUUCAAACACCAUUUGGACCUGGGACACAACAGUGACGCUUACGAGGCUUUGAUCCAGAAUCCAGACUCUAGCAUGCAACUGGAUUGUCUGCGCCAGCUGGUGGUGGUCCUGUGUGAACGAGCCCAGCUUCACGAUCUGGUCCACUUCUCCUACGUCAACCUACACGACGAGGUGGUGUCCAUCAUGGAGUCCCGGGCGCGAGGUCUGGACCUGCUGAGCCACAACUACUACGAGCUGCUCUACGCCUUCCACAUCAACAGACACAACUACCGGAAAGCGGGCUCGGUCAUGCUGGAGCUGGGGAUGCGUUUGGGUCGCGAGGUGCCGUCCGUGGUGGGCCUCAAGAAGCAAGUCAACUGUUUCCUGGCCGCCAUCAACUGCCUGCGCCUCAUCCGGCCUCAGUACGCCUGGAUGCUGCAGCCCACCUGGCCACCGCAGGGAGAUCGUCCAGGAGCGUCUCCUAAACGCAACUCCGAUGGAGACUUUGUGUCCCGGCCAGUCAAACGCCAGGUGGACAUCUUGGAGAUCAAAGAUGUUGAGAAGGAGUAUGCGUUAGCCCGAUGUCGUCUCACGCUGGCCGAGCACCACCCGCCGUCGGCCGCCAUCGCCGGUGGAGCAUCCGCCGCGGAGCUGGUGCGCCUCCUGCUGGACUGCGGCCUGUUCACGUGCGCCUCACGCCUGUGUCACACCUUCAAGGUGCCCCUCACCUCGUUGUUUGAAGCGCUGACCUACAGGUGCAUCAAGCUGCAGUUCGGGGGGGAGGAGUCACAGAACGAGGCGUGGCUGUGGUUGUCGGCCAAUCAGCUGUCCUCUGUGGUCAACACCAAAGAAUCGAGCGCCGUAGACGAAGCAUGGCGCCUGCUGGCGUCCUUCCUGGAACGUUUUCCCUCUGCCAACGGCAUCCACCACCGCUGCGUCCUCACCAAGCUGCUGUCACAUGGCAUGCCUCCACCUGAUUGGCUUGUCAAGUCUUUUAAGGAAGUGGAUGCGGCGGCGCUGCUUCGUCUCUACCUGAACUUUGACCUGCUUGAUGCUGCUGCCGAGCUGGUGAUAGAAUACGUCGAUGCUCUACUAGGGAGGGGACACCAAUACUUUGGCAUUAAGGCGCCACUGUCGGCCACUGCACCGUGUGUGUGGCUGCCGUACACGUCCAUCGACCAGCUGAUGGUUGCCCUAAAGGAGACGCAGACUAACGUCAUUAUUUACAACAAACUCCGAGACAAACUCAGUGAUUACCACAAGCUGGUGGAUCAGACGACAAAAAUGAGACUUGCUAAUAUUUAACUUUUUUUUAAAGAAAAAAAUUGUCCAUUUAAGUAAUUUGUUGUAAAUAAUGUUUUUGUUACUAUUGAAAAUAAAGUUGUCAUCAUGCAAAAGUGCAUUUACAUAAUUUACUACAAUUUCCCAAGAGUUUAUUAGUAACAUUUUGGCACAAUCUUAAUACAGGGUUUCAGAGUUGGGACUCUUGAACUGAAUGGGUUGGGAAAACCCUACCCACCAGUGGGCGUUAAAUACAUAUGCAUAAAAUGAUCAGUAUGUACAUUGAUUAAAAUAAACAGGUAAUAUUUAUUGGUACAGAUUUUUGGGGGGUGGCAGGGGUCAAUGAAUGAAACUUCCCCAUUGUGUGGCCAUUGAUAAUUUGCUGCCACCUAGUGAGCAAAUACGGUAGG